CUUUCUUCCUUUCUCUCAUGACUGGAAUACUUUCGCAUUGGCUCUACACUCAGGAUCAUCUACUGCAUUGUCUCGAAAGACCACAUUCAGAAGAUGCGCCCUUUGGAAAAUUGAGGCUAAUGUGUACGACAAUCUGGUCGUCACUUUUGAUUAAAUCGGUGCUGAGCUGGUCUCAUGCACUGUUUUUGCUUCAAUUUACUUCAACAUUUGUUUCUUCUUCGCUUUCCUUCAGGUACAUGCCUUUCUCCUGUUUUUGUAAGAGUUCUGGUGCUUAAUGUUUCCUUUUUGUUUUCUUUCAUUUUUCUAAUAUGGUGGAUUUCGCGGGAAAUUGAUUUUAUUUGUUGCUUAUGGGAUUUGAUUUUCUGCUUUUGUUGUUUUCCAGUUACGUUUUUGAUUUUAUUUGAUUUUCUGCUGCAGUUGUGUUCUUACACACUUGACUUUAGUUGGAUUUUCUGCUUCUGAGAUUUGUUUUUUCUUUUGCUUCUGCGUUAUCCUUCGGGGUACAUUGUCUUUCCUAUUUUCUCACGGGUAUCAAAUCU